AUGAAGCUUAACGAGCGCUCCAUUUGCAAUGUGGCGGAUUCGGUGGAUAUCAUUCAACUUUUACAAAAGUCACCAAAAAGAUUAAUAGAUUGCCAUGAAUUCAUAAAGUCUGUUUUUUCUCCUCAAAGUAUCACUCAUGAUAUUACACUCCAAGAAAUCAAUCGUAUACGGGCCUUAUUUAGAAACCGUAAGAAUUGA